CCGAGGACCGCGCACGCUCUCCCGAAGGCCGCCCCUUCCUGCCACACCGAAAAGCCCCGGCCUCUCCUUCCCGCCCCGUCUCGUCCGCGCUCCCCCCGUCCCGCUUGGUGCGGUCCGGUGGCCCAGGUCACGCGGCGGCGGGGCGAGGCCUGCUUGGAGCCCAGGUGGUGCCUCUUCACGCCUGGGCAGGCGCCUCCAGGAGCCCCCGGGACCAUGUCGGGCUGGGCUCGCCCGGCCUUCGUACUGCUGACCGUGGCGGCCGCCCGCGCCGUGGCUCAGCACGCGCCGCCGUGGACAGAAGAUUGCAGAAAAUCAACCUAUCCUCCUUCUGGACCAACCUACAGGGGUCCAGUUCCGUGGUACACCAUAAAUCUCGACUUGCCGCCCUAUAAAAGAUGGCAUGAACUGAUGGCUCACAAGGCACCAGCGAUAAAGGUUUUGUUGAAUUCCAUGAAGAAUAUGGUAAACGCUUUUGUGCCUAGUGGAAAACUUAUGCAGAUAGUGGAUCAAAAGUUGCCUGGUCUACUUGGCAACUUUCCUGGUCCCUAUGAGGAGGAAAUGAAGGGGAUUGCAGCUGUUACUGACAUACCUUUAGGCGAGAUUAUUUCGUACAAUAUCUUCUAUGAAAUUUUUACCAUUUGUACUUCAAUAAUCACAGAAGAUAAACAAGGUCACUUACUACAUGGGCGAAACUUGGAUUUUGGAAUAUUUCUUGGGUGGAAUGUAAAUAACAAUACCUGGGUCGUAGCUGAGGAACUAAAACCUUUAACUGUGAAUUUGGACUUCCGAAGAAACAAUAGAACUGUUUUCAAGGCUUCAACCUUCGCCGGCUAUGUGGGCAUCUUAACAGGAUUCAGACCAGGACUCUUUAGUCUCACGUUAAAUGAACGUUUCAGUUUAAAUGGCGGUUAUUUGGGUAUCAUAGAAUGGAUUUGGGGAAAGAAAGAUGCCAUGUGGAUAGGGUUUAUCACUAGAUCAGUUCUGGAAAAUGGCACAAGUUAUGAAGACGCCAAGAAUAUAUUAACCAAAACUAAGUUACUGGCCCCAGCAUACUUUAUCUUGGGAGGCAACAAGUCUGGGGAAGGUUGUGUGAUUACGCGAGACAGAAAACAAGCUUUGGAUAUAUAUGAACUCAACCCCAAGCAGGAUAUAUGGUAUGUGCUAGAAACAAAUUAUGACCGUUGGAAAAGUCCUUUCUUUCUCGAUGAUCGCAGAACAUCUGCAAAGAAGUGUCUAAACCGGACAACUCAAGAGAAUAUCUCAUUUGCGACCAUAUACGAUGUCCUGUCAACAAAACCUGUCCUCAACAAGCUGACUGUAUACACAACCCUGAUGGAUGUUACCAAAGGUCAAUUUGAAUCUUUCCUGCGGGACUGCCCAGACCCUUGCAUAGGUUGGUGAGCACAAACCUGGCUUCUAGAAUGCUCUCUGUGUGGCAUGAAGAUGGAAACUCACCCAUGUCCGAAUAGCGCAGCGUCUGAUCUCCUUCCAAAGACAGGGCAUUUUCUCUGUGAGGCAUGAACUUGUCUUUCUUACCAAAGUUCACAGACUGUUUUUGCCGUAAAAGUUGAUGGUUCUCCUUUACGGAUAAUUUCAUAACAGAAACCAAUCCCCUAGAAUUUGCCGCUUCACUUCACUCGGACAUUUGGGGAUAGGGACGUUGUGGGGCCCACCUCCACAGAAUAAAGCCAGAGUCCCGGUGGGCACGGACUGCAGCACAUCUGUACACCGUCCUGUUUUUCACUUUAAUCCACAUAUUUGUAUGGUUUUUCGAACAGCAGUCUUUCCCCCUUUGAUACUGACUACGAUUAAAAUUAGCCCACCGUGGUCUUCGCUGUUUUUGACAGCAAUGUGAUUUCACAAGUUUUGGUUGGAGAGGGAUGGGACAGACAUUCACCUGUGUAGUUCUCUUAACAGGCAAUAAUACUAGAGUCUUUGACCCUGAAUAGAAGUACUUUUUUGGGUCCAUAGAGUAAUCUGUAUGUUCCCUUUUUCAUCAUUAGUCUACCUCCCGGUAACUCCAGGCACUUGUCAGCUUCAGAAUCUGAGACCCAGGUUCUGUGAGUGAGCAGUAUUAAGGUCCAAGCCUUGUGGAAAUCGAGAGGUGAAUCCAAAAACUCUCAUAAAUAUCAUUCACUUAAUACAACUUUAGUUUGUCUUUCUGAUCAAUAUGUAUUUAUUGAAAACGUUACUAACAGUGUUUUUCAGGAAUCUGUUGAUGAGAAGUGCUGAUAGAACAUGUUAACCUUUCACACAGUUAACUGUGAAGUGCAUGCCACUCGGGUGAGACUGUAUCCACUUCAUUUUGUAUAAUGUCACUUGUAUUCAUGACUUUAUAAUAAACAGUCACUGGAAGUAGU